AUGAUAUUGGAACAACCAUGGUUUCGCGCCACUGACGUGUACCGUAUUUCUAUAACCACGACACAACCUUCAAGCUUAUUAGAUGUUCAAGACACUACGGCCAGCAGUAAGACCCCUAAUUUCGUGAUGGAAACCUCCCCCCUGUCCUUGCCGCAACAGCGGUCACUACUGCGUCUCUGUCGUCGUGCUUCUCACAUUCCGUCGACAAACUGUGACGUGAUAACACUUGUAAGCCAGAUUCGGGCCAGUCAGUGGAGCACUGUGUGGAAGAGCCGAGCUGAAGACCGUGAGGAGCUGUUUAUCAUUAACCUUGUGCCAGAAACCCACUCGGACAUGAUUUGGCGGGAGUUUUACACGUACGAGGUGGUCCUCAAGGGAAGUCCUGUUGUUCCCAGGUUUCAUGGGAUGUUCCAAAGACCCAUUGGCGAUUGGUUUGCUUUCUGCCUUGAGGAUGUUGGGGACAAUCUAGAGAAAAUAUAUGGCCUAGGUUGGUCCGAGGUAAAGAGGUCCAUGCCCAGGGUGCAAUGGCGAAAAUUUCUAGAGUCGGUGAAACAAUUACACCCCUUGGGCAUCAUGCGUGGUGAUCUUGAGCCACGGAACGUGGCACAAAUAGCUCAGGGCUUUAAAUUCUUCGAUUUUGGACGGUCGGAGCUGCACCACUGUCAGCGUGAUUAG